GGAAGCAUAUUGCUGUUCUCUGCUGGGGUGCUGGCGGGUGCAUAUGCUGCUGUUCUUCUUGUCGGGACAGAGGAGAGCAGGAUAUGCCGCUAGUGCUGUGUAAAUUGUGAAGGCCUCUGUCCAGUGGGUUCUGGAUUAAAAGGCGAUUUAUACUGAACAUCUGCUCCAUCUUCUGUGCAGCCGAUUGUCUGAAUUGUUCCCCCCACCCUGCGUCAAUUCCACAAAUCCAUCAUUUCUUCUGUGCAGCUUGUUCUCAUGUCCAGCUGAUGCUACCACGUGUGGAAUGACACGCAUGCUUUCCUUUCCAAUGACAAUGCUCUGGUGGACAUGGACCAUGGAGUCCCAGCAGGUUCUGAUCUCCCUGUGGAAUGGACCAUUUUGUCCUGCCCUAAGGAGAUGAACUGAUGGCGACACCCAAGGUGUAAAAUAUAUUAACUCCUGAAAUAAUUGCUUCCCUUCCCACCAACAUUUACUGUUGUUUCCUUGCAUGUCUUGGGGCCUCGGCAGGAAAGGACUAAUGGACAACAUGCUCUUGGUAAUGCUGACAUCUGCCUUGGGAGCCUCAGGUUGUCAUUAGAAUGUGACACACUUUACACAUCUCUGGUGUGUAAGAACCGUGCUCCAUUGCAAGACCUCCAUGCAAACUAUGGAAGUUACUAGUCUAGACAAUGUAGUCAGUUUUCACUAAAGUUGACUUAGUUCUAGACUGGCAAAGUCACUGUGGAAGGUUUCUUGCUUUAAUUUAGCUAUAUCCUUAUGGCCCUCUUUUAUUAGUUUUCCCCCUCAGAUUUCCUAGCUUAUACUAAUAUUGUAUAACUAGAUUAAUCAAGGCAGAGAAAACAGGACUGUGAGAGUCUAUCAUCCUUAUGUCUGCCUAGAAACUGGAACCAGAAAGCUGCAGCAGGUUAGGAAACUUGAGAGGGGGUUUUGGUUGCCACUGGGCCAGGGAUCACGAGGGGCCAUAUUCUGUGUCAUUGAAGGGUGAGGGCUUGUCAAAAUUUCAUCUUUCAGUGGAAGGUUUGUUCUGUAAACUUUUAUAAUGUUAUUGAUUGGAGUCCUAACAAUGAAAAUGCACAGACUAUAUUAUGGUCUAACUGUAUUAGCUUUUUGUUUGCAGAAAUGAAGUGUAGUACACAUAAGCACUGUUUUAUGUGUUUGGAUGUGACAGCAUUUCAUUCAUGUCUUUCGCCUCACAAACACUCGAUAACCAAAUGCCGUGUUCCCGUAAUAUCCACCUAUUUUUCACAUACUGGUCUUAAUCCCGAAGUCCCUGUAGAGAAAUACUCUGCACCGUGUCUUGUAACUCUUCACCUGCAAGAAGGCCCAGCUAGUUCAAAGGUACAGAACAUAACCUCAUGGUGGUUGUUUUACCCUUCUCAACAUGGACAGGUAAAGGGGGCCUGCAUUUCCCAGGAUGCUUGAGCCAGCAUAGUGAUCUGGGGUGUGCUGGGAGUUGUAGGCCUGUUUUUUUCUGUCGGGAUGUACAUUGGAUUGCACCCUCUUUUUUUAGUGGAAGGAGUGCGUCCAAGGAGAACUUGAGCACGGAGCAUCAGCUUGGCAUGCCACGGGCCGCUUUGCAUGUGGUGCUGUAUGAAUGGUAGGAGGCAAGGGCGAUAGGCCAGGGCUGGCCUGCUGUUUAUCUUCUGGGCUGCCUGCUCAGUUGUGAACCUGUUCGCUUGUGCUUCCAUAGAGAGAAAUUGGCUGGUGUGCGUGUGUGUAUAGAUGCACUGGGCUAGGCUCGUGCAAAGAGUCUCCACUGAGAGGACAACUCAAGUAAAGCAAUCUGUGACUCGGUUUGCUCAAACAACCUGGGCAAAGGAUCACUGUGCCGCAGCCAGUAUUCAGUCCUUGGCUUUAGUGUUAGACUGUUCACAGGAACAUGAGUGAACGGAGUUAGGGAUCACUCAGGAGGCUCUGCCUGACUUGUGUCAUCCGCAUAUCUUUUAAAGACUGGAAUAAAUGGUCACCACUCUCAGGAGUACCCCCUUCUGUGAAGCUGGGGCAGGGGAGAAAGAUACUCCUGGGCUUUGCUGGGCAUCUUUGCAGCACAAGUAAGACCAGCUAUCUGGGACGGGGCGAUAUUAGGCCCUGCAUGUUCCUGUAAGGCUCUUGUGAGGAAACAGUCCGGAGAGAAUCUGUUUCGCAGCACCAAAGAACACACUGUGCUUCUUCUGUUUUGUGCGUGUGUGUGACCUGAAAUAGAUUGUUGAGGUGCACCCUGUGUCGGGCGGCCCUUUCAGAUGGUUUGGGAGCUGCCGCUCGUGCAGGACGUGGCAGACUAAUAGCUGGGACCAGACGGUCUGAACCACUAACUCCAGAUUUCCCAGUUUGUGCUCGCUACCCGUGUGCCUCUCAGCUCAGCUCCAAAUGCUGCUUUUUAUGUGUGAAGCCCUGCGUGGCUGGUGGCCAUAAUACCUAACAGAACCACCUCAUCUAACCAUGAGGUACAUCCAAGGCCUUCCUCCGAGUGCCACUCCCAAGGGAGGCUUGGCUGGUGGCAGCAAGCAGGAAGGGCGUCUCCAAAUGAUGGAGGGGGGCCCCACCAAGGCCCGCGUGGCACCGGAUUGCUGUCUUUUCAGCACCAGGUUAAAAACCUCUGCCUUUGUCCUGAGACAUUUGUUAGCUCCAAGUACAGAUGGGAGUGGAAUUGCCAGCCAUUGCUAGCAGGCUUCGCAGUAUGAAUAAGUUUUAACUGUCAUUAAAAUGUGGCUUUAACUUCUUAAUGUAAGGUUAAGAUGUUUUACUGUUUUAUAUUGUGUUUUAUUAUAUUUAUUACCUGUUAUUCAGUACUUAGCAUUCUUUGUCUACUGGGCUGUAUAGAAAAUAAAAUAAAAUAAAAUAAAAUGAAGCAAGGCUUUGGAGCAUCUCCCUUCUGAGGUCAACUGUAUUCUUCCCCAGCAUGUUGCUCUUGGCCCUGCAGUGUGACUGCUUUAUUCUGAGGUGGCAGAGGGCAGCCCACAGCCCUCUGGGAUAGGCUGAGCUGCAGUUUCCCCUUGGCUUGGCAAGGGCAGGCAGGGGUUGCGCCCUCCAGAUGUUGUUGGACUACAAGUUCCCCAUUGCUGUUCUAAGGAAAUGCAGUUGUGCUGCUGCAGUAGGGCCAAAGGUGCUGGUGUCAUUCGCUCCAGGUAGUGUGACGGAGCCCUUGGAGUCCUGAAAGGGAGUUCUGAGUUGGGAAACCUGGGGAUCAACUGAGCGGCCUUUUUGCUGCCUGAUUUACAGAUUUAGCCGCUGUGUUUUCCAAAUUUUGAUUCUCAGCUGUGAGGAACAGAAGUUUGCUUUGCCAGCUGUUCCAAGUAGGUGCCCUCCCUGUCUGUUGUACUGCUGCCGCCUCCAUCUCUGGCCAGCCUGGCUAUUGGGCAUGCUGACUGGGAACGACCGAAACUGGAGGACACCAGCUUGGGGAAGAUGCUAUUCUUACAAGAUGGGGGAUCCGAGUCUGCCUGAGAAAGAGGGAGGAUCUUGACGACAGACGGUCUGUAGACUAACCUUGGCAACAGCAAAGCCUCCCUUUCCAUGCCAUCCUGCUUCUCUGGUGACGGGAGAAUUGGAGUCUCGGUUUGCACCCUGGUCCUGAACGCCAAGACUGGAAGUCGGAACCAUGUGAGGGGUUCCCCCGCCCUGGAGCUCCCCUUGACCCCACGGUGGGCAGGUUGCUGCUAAGCCCGAGGCGUGAGCCACCAUGAUGUUCCGGGACCAGGUGGGCAUCCUCACGGGCUGGUUCAAAGGCUGGAAUGAAUGUGAGCAGACCGUGGCCCUGCUCUCCCUUCUCAAGCGCAUCUCCCGCACCCAAGCCCGCUUCCUGCAGCUGUGCCUGGAGCACUCGCUGGCAGACUGCUCUGAGAUCCACGUCCUGGAAUCCGAGGCCAACAGCGCAGCCGUCAUCAGUCAGUGGCAUCAAGAGCCAAAGGACAAAGUGGUCUCGCUGCUCCUCUCCCACCUGCCGCUUCUCCAGCCCGGCAACGCAGAGGCCAAGUCGGAGUACAUGACGCUCUUGCAGAAGGUGCUGGCUUACUCCAUCGAGAGCAACCUCUUCAUCGAGGAGAGCAGGCAGCUCCUCUCCUACGCCCUCAUCCACCCGGCCACCACGCUGGAUGACCGCAACUCCCUGGCCCUUUGGCUCAGCCACCUCGAGGAGCGCCUGUCCAGCGGCUACUCCGGCCAGAGCAGGGGCCGCCCUGACACCGCGUACCACUCGCGCCAGGGCUCAGACGAGUGGCAAGGUCCGGUGGACACAGGCCUGGGAGACCUGGGACACGGCUGGCAGGAGAAGCCACCUCGGGAAAAUGGGCACAUGUCCUUCCACUCCUCGGGCUCGGUGCCGUCGGCCAUCAACAGUAUCGGGAGCAAUGCAAACACAGCCCUCCCUUGCCAGAUCCACCCCAGCCCGCUGAAGCGCUCCAUGUCCCUCAUCCCGACCAGCCAGCAGGUCCCCAGUGAGUGGCUGAGUGUGGAGGAGCUGGGCGCCCGGCCAGCCUUCAUCUCCAGUGGAGAACAUGCACCCCUCUCGCCCCAGAGCAGCGUGGCCUCCUCAGGCAGUGAGCAGACGGAAGAGCAGCCCGGCAGCCGCAACACCUUCCAGGAGGAUGGCAGCGGCAUGAAAGAUGUCCCUACCUGGCUGAAGAGCCUUCGCCUCCACAAAUAUGCAGCCCUCUUCUCCCAAAUGACUUACGAGGAGAUGAUGACCCUCACAGAGCAGCACCUGGAGUCGCAGAAUGUAACCAAAGGAGCACGGCACAAAAUUGCCUUGAGCAUCCAGAAGCUGCGGGAGAGGCAGAGUGUGCUGAAGUCUCUGGAGAAGGAUAUCCUGGAAGGUGGGAACUUGUGGAACGCUCUCCAGGAACUGCAGCAGAUCAUCAUCACUCCCAUCAAGGCAUUCCACACCCUGCAGGCCGCGGCGGCCUCCAAGGAGGGCCAGCAGUUGGCAGCAGAGCAGCGUGGCGCUCCCAAGCUGGGCCUGGAGAAGGGCGGUGGCGGUGGUGGCGGCGGCAGUGCUGAGGAGAAGGAGACGGCCGCAGACACCUUCCCACCCCCGAGCGGCUCGCCCUGCGACGGGGAGUCGGGGGCCGCACCCAUUGCGGAAGGGGACAUCGCCGGACAGUUCACCCGCGUGAUGGGCAAAGUGUGUACGCAAUUGCUGGUAUCCCGGCCCGACGAGGAGAACAUCACUAGUUACCUCCAGCUGAUAGAGAAGUGCCUGCUGCACGAGGCGUUCACGGAGACCCAGAAGAAGAGGCUCCUGUCCUGGAAGCAGCAGGUGCUGAAGUUGCUCCGGACGUUUCCGAGGAAGGCCAUGCUGGACAUGCAAGGCUACAGGCCACAGAAGGGGUGGGCCUUUGGUUCCAACUCUCUCCCCAUAGCUGGAUCUGUGGGGGUUGGGGUGGCACGCAGAGGUCAGCGGCAGUUCCAGAUGCCCCCCCGAGCCAUCCCGCCAAGCCGCCUUGGGAUUCUGAGCCCCGCCGGGAUUGGUGGCGUCUCCCCUCGACAUGCUCUCGCCAGCCCGAACCUGGGGGGCCAAGGACGGCAGAACCUGUGGUUUGCCAACCCCGGGGGCAGCAACAGCAUGCCUGGCCAGAGCCGCAGCUCAGUCCAGCGGACCCACUCGCUACCCGUCCACACCUCCCCGCAGGCCAUCCUCAUGUUCCCGCAGGAUUGCCAGCUCCCCGGAACGGACCUGGAGAUCAACCCUACGCUGGAGUCCCUGUGCCUCAGCAUGACGGAGCACGCGCUGGGCGAUGGCACCGACAAAACUUCCACCAUCUGAACGAAGCUGGACCUGCUGGUGUUCCUGUGAAGCUUUCGGGUGGCUGUUUAUUUUUUCCCCUUUUCUGUUAUAACCUCCUUUCCUCCCGGGGUGUGUUGCGGUGGGGGUGGGCGAAUCCUUCUUGUCCCACCUCCAGCAUUCCCUAGCAGCCGGAGGGAUGGGGGAGAAAAAGCUGUCACUACAAUCUUACCAUCUUAUUGUGUUCUAAUAUUUUUCUAUCUUUUAUUAUUAUUAUAACUUCAGCUAUUGGUUUAAUACUUUGAUGUAUGUGGGAGUUGGCAGAGUCUCCCAGAAGCUUAACUCGCAGAGGCAGGAGGAGGCUGAGGUUGGGCCACGUUCUUCCCUUUCUUGUUUGCUUUUCCUUCCUCCGCCCCCUCCCACCGUUUACAUGCCAACGGCCUCUCCCUUUCCUCACCCUUUUCUGGAAACGUGCAAAAGGCAGGGGAAAGUGUGACCAAGGGCAUAGGCAGAAGGGUCUCCCCUGCCCCCAGGAGGCGUGGGGCUGGCGUGGAAGGAGCAGCGGCAACAGGGCACAGGAGGCCUUGCGGGGUUGACGGCGAGCUGGUUCCGUCUGAGCCGACUCGGCUGCUCGCUCUCUGCGCCCGGCCUGGGAGGAGAAGGGGAGCGGCAGCCCAGCCCGCUUCAGGUGGCUGACACGUUUUCAAAAGUGCCUCUAAUACUUCCUCCGACCAAGGGCAGUUGGCGAGGGGUGGGGGGACCGGCACUGGCAGGCUUGUCCGUUCCAUGUUUUAAAAAAAUGAAGCCGCCCCCGCGUGCUGCCCCAUGGGUGGGGGGGACCGGACGGGGUGGCUGUGGGGAUCGGAGAGGGACCCCUUGGCCGCCCUUCGCUCCCCUUCCCCCAGGAGCAACACUGGUGAGGCCCACGUGGGACUCUCGGCUCCUAGGAGGAGCGGCUUGGGGUCGGGGUCCGCCAAGUUUUGUUGAAGCAGUUCAGAGGGGUUUGGGGGAUCCGUCAGCAGUUCCGCAGUUCGGGAGCAAAGUUCUCAGUUGAGCAGGUUCGGGUUACUUGUACAGGCAGGUACACAAUUCUUUCCUGGCUAAUGAAUUCUGAGCUGGGCAGCAGGAGGCUGGCCAGCCCGGCCGUCGACUUUCGGCGGUCCUUCCGUGAUUUGGGGGCGCGGUGGUCUCCCUCAAGGUGGCUGGGGCGAGCUGCCGGGUGGGCGGGCCGGCCGGCCGUAUCAGAGCCCUGCUUCCCGGGGCGGAGGGCUCCCCCCACUCCCGCGCGGGGCUGAGGGGCAGCGUCUUUGCGGGGGGGGGGGGCUCUUGGCACUAAUGAAUUUUCAGGAGCAGGCUGGCCCAGAGGGGAUUGGAGUGGGCGGCACGGUGGGACAGUGGGGCCUGGGAGGCACCACCGCCCCCUUCGCUUGGGCGUGGGACAGCGCGGGCGAGAGGUUCCUGGGCAGGGACCGCACUUGCGCCGGGGGCCUGUGGGGGCCCGUCUGGAAGGGGAUCCGGGCAGCUCUCCUCACGCGGGGCCGGGGGCCGGCAUCCGGAUGCAUGCUCUGCACCUCCUGGGCUUUCCGCAACUUUCUCGCUGGGUAGGAGGGAGGGGGCAGUGGCUGCCAACCCCCACUGCUGACCCUCCGGACUUAGAAACGAGGCGGUCGCAGGAGGUGCGGGGGGGGGGGGCUGGCCAAUGCCUUUCUCCCGCAGGACGAUGCAAGCGGCGAGACGCCGAAGCAUCCGGGUCCAGCGGCCACGCCGGUGUGGGUGGGCGGGCCUCUGUGAAGUCCAUGGCAGGGGCGAACGGGGUGUCAAAGCGAAAGUGUGUCCGCUCAUCACACUGUGGGGGGGGGCAGGUGGGACGAGGAGGGUCUCACGCCUCUGGAUCAAGGUCACCCCGUGCCCCCUCGCCGGCCACGGCCGUCACGCAGCACGAAGCACCUCCCGCCCCAGCCGACCUGGGCAAGCUCCUCGGUACGGAGGAACCGCGCGUCCUCCCCCCUCUCCCCCACCGUCAAGAACUGUUUUAAAUGUAAAGGCCUUUUUCCAAAGUGUAUAUGGAACAAUAGCGUACAGCCCGCCACAAAAACAGACCUGAGAGAACUAUUUCUAAAAAGUAGAGAGACAAGGUUCCUGUUUCAGAUAGAAAUGUUAUUUUAGAUACAUUUUAUUAUGAAUAACUUUUGUUAUGACUAUGGCUGGUAACCAUGAAUACGUUAUUUAAAAAAAAAAACCACAAAACAUUUUACAAAAAAAAUUCCAGAUUCUGACUUUAGAUUGCUUUGUUGGACUCCUUUGCUGCUUUUUUCCUUCCAGUUUUUGCUUUGUAAAAGGCAUACAGAAUUUAAGUAUUAGCCCUUUUUUAUUAACCUCUAUGAUAAAGCUGUGCUUAUUUUGUAUUAA